AUGGGGGACGCUCUUUUCUUUGGACUAACGCUUACUUAUUCAAUUCUGAUUGCUAUCAAUCUUAUCGGUAACGCUAUGGUCAUUCUCGUUGUUCUCCUGAACAAGUCCAUGCAAAGGCCAAUCAACUACUUGCUUGUAAACUUGGCUGCUUCGGAUAUGACUGUGGCGAUUUUUGCCAGCAUCCAAUUUCUCAUGGAGCCAACACUUGCUGAUGCUGAGCCAUUGACAGCAAUAUUUCUUUGCAAGUUUUUAACAGGUGGAACCCUGGGUUGGGUUGGUGCAGUAUGUUCUAUCUUCAAUUUAGUUGGCCUCGCCAUUGAGCGCUACUACGCUGUCAUUGUCUCUCACCGUCAUCGAGGCAAGCUUACAAGUGGCAGGUUAAGGGUGUUCAUUUUUGUCAGUUGGACGCUAGCUCUCAUUUGGGCUGGUCCUGGUUUCUUCAUAACUACUUAUAUAAAAGAAUCCCAAAUGUGUGGACAUCAGUGGCCAAAAGAGAUUUACGCUAAGAUGUACACAGUCGGAUGGUCGUUUGUAGCCGGUAUAAUACCUAUAGGAAUAAUGGGAUCAUUAUAUUAUAAAAUAAUAUACCGUCUUUGGUUCACUAAAGAAAAGGCCACGGAAGCUACUCAGAAGGCAAUGCUGCGGUAUAGAAAACGAGUUACAAAAAUGGUUAUAGCCGUAACAAUCAUUUAUGUACUCUGCUGGGGACCUGAACUUAUCAUUUACUUUCUUGGAUUUCUUGGUGUAUUUACAUUACAGGCCAUUCAUCAUGGAGUUGCCUUCGCUCUUAUUGUGUUUAACUCUUGUGUUAACCCUAUUGUCUAUAGUUUUCAAAGCAGUCAGUUCAGAACACAUCUCUUGUCUUUGAUUCGCUUUAGAAGACGUGAUAAUCGAGUGGUACAUCCAAUCAAUAGAUCCCACGGCUUUGCACUUAACUAA